UGGACGGAGCUCGAGGAAAUGCACCGCGAGGGCAAGGUCCGCGCGCUCGGCGUCUGCAACAUGUCCGCGCCCCAGCUCGAGCGCCUCCUCAAGUUCUGCGCCAUCCGCCCGGCGGUCUACGAGGCCGAGAGCCACAUCCUGCACCAGCAGCACGACGUCGUCGCGCUCUGCCACCGCGAGAAGAUCGCCGUGCUCGCGCACACGCCGCUCGGCCAGGGCUCGGUGCUCGACCAGGCCUGCCUCGCGCACGAGUCGCUCACGCCCGCGCAAGUCGCCAUCCGCUUCAACCUGGACCGCGGCGUGUCCGUGCUCCCCGGCGCCAUGAAACUGUCGCACGUCGAGGAGAACGUC